AUGAUUAUACUUUGUGUCAAGAAGAGCCUAAAUGCUGCAGGCAAGGGCCAAGAGUGUGGCUUAAUUGCUGACUGGGCUCAGCCAGCCAUCAACCAUAUGUACUGGUGCGCUGCAGCAAGCCAGGGCGAAGGGGACCUCCUUGUGGAUGCCUGGUCAAGCAUCACCAGGCACGUGGUGAAUGUUCAUGUGGGCCACCCUGGGGUCUACACCGAGUGUCUCCACGAGCCGAUCGAGGAUGGCGAAUGGUUGACUCCAGAUACACCUGCACGUGUCAGAUUUGUCGACGUGGUCACAAGCAAGUCCUUGCUGAAGGACCUGCGCCAGCUGUCCCCGGACAGUCAGACGUAUGCUUUGGAGUCCUUCCACUCGGUCCUCAAUGGCUUCGCACCCAAGUGGGCCGCAUUUCACCCGAAAGGCAUGCUUGCCAGGACUCGUGUAGCAGCGCUGCACUACAACGAGAAUGGCAGCAGGGAGCAGGCCAUCACCCAAGCAGGCGAGAUGAAGUGGAAGCUCAAGUCGCCCAAGGCCAGAAAAGGGCACCACACUGCUCAUCCAGAGAAGACCCAAGCCACAUAUGGCUAUGUCGCAAAACUCCUUGCUCAAGCUGUGACGGUUUGUGAGGAGAUGGGGUCCCUGAGGGAAGCCUUUGAGCUGGAUGCGGAGCGACCAGAUCCGCCCUGCCUGAGCCACAGCCUCGACAGGCCACCGAAGGAGGACUUGGUGGCAGCCCGGAUCAGCCGUUUUGGGAGAAGACCUCCGGGUACACUCCUCCCUCCUCAGACGUAA